AUGCAGACAGCAGUGGAUGAGAUUGAUGCAGGAAUCUGUCGCAGUAUGUCCUACGCCCAGCUCUUUUCUGCUUUGUGUCUGACAGUCUCUGCCCUGUGGUGUGGUUCAGGCCUGGUGUACAUCCUGGUGGGGCAGGGGGUGCUGCAGCCCACAGAGAUGAAAUCUGCUUUGGUCCCUGGUCUGGCAGCAUUUACCUUAGCCCUGCUCAUCAUAGGUAGUGCUACAAUCAUAGCAAAGAAAGUGGUUCUGGUUCUCAUAGCUGUUGGCAUUAGCUUAGCAUGUGCCCAUCAAAUUGCCAGUCUGUCAGCUGCAGGUUUUGGUCCGUCUGCCACAGCUGCUAACUACCUCAUCGUUUGUCUGGUAGGUGUUUACUUUGGUUGUGGCCGUCUGCUGUCCACUCUCACUCAUGGUAAAGUGGAACCUCCAGGCACAGGCCUGAAGAGAAAAGCUGAACUGACAACACAGCAGAACCAGGGGUGUAGCGAUGCGGUGUCAGUGGGUUUGGUGAUGAACUUGCUGUCUGCCUCUGUGUUAGCUUGUCCUCUGUUAGGUGUGGUCCCCCAGCUCUCCACCGGUCAUGUCCCCUGGCUUUGGACAGCUGGUGUCUUCCAGCUUGGCAUGUGUGUCAUCUUUUACCGAGCCAUAGACACACUAGCUGCCACUUUUUAUGGCUUCACUGCUCUGCUGAAAUUUGCAGAGGGCUACAGUGUUCUACUGUCCUUUUACUCAGUUCAGCCUUUCUCUCCAGUUCCCUUCCCUGUUGUCUUCGCUGUCCUUUUCUUCAUCCUGGCUCUGUUCAGUUGUCAGAAGAACCUUCUGGAGGGGCUCUACCAAUUAUUCUUUGCAGCUUAUUGUAUUGCCAUUGCAGCCCAGCCUCAAGGCUUCUUCCAAAGAGGAACUCAGGGUGUACAGGCAGCUAUAUUCGUAGUUUCUGCCAUCAUGCUUUUAAUUACCACAUUCAAUAUGGUGUCCACCACCAUGAUCCCCACAGGACAGGGCUGUUUCAAGGCUUUAGUUGCCAGGAUGCAGGGUCUUACACUCAGAGCACAUGAUAAGGAGCUACACACACCUCACCUGGGUUAUUCUAAAUAUGCAGAUGCGGAGGUGUUAGGCCAUGCCUGCAGUGUGUUGGCUGCUUUUGCCAUUACAGCCACAGUUGGUGACAGAAAUCCUCUGCUUGUGCUGAUUCUGCCUUGGGUGGUGGUGGCAGGAGGGGCUCUCCAGCUGCUCUGUGGUUCAGUAGCUUUUGCUCGGGGUAAAACCUUUGAGAGCACAGUUUUUAUUCUGUAUGGAAUGAUGUGGACAGUGUGGGGGUUGACACGAUACGGCGGCCUGUAUGGUGAAACCAGAGGCUUUAAUGUGGCUGUUGGGAUUAUUAGCUUCAUGCUGUUUAACUGUUUAGUGACAGCUGCAGCACUGUUUCUAAAUGUCGCCUGGUUUGCCUACGCCCUCACCUUCCAGCUCAUCCUCAUUAGCUUCCUGCUGGAUGCAGUGGGCGCCCUGCCUUAUGGUUAUGAUAUAGGCGUCACCAUCAUCUUUGGCCUGGUCAGUUUUUAUUGUUUCCUAGCUCACAUUUUCAACAGCACCUUCCAGUCCCCCCAGAUCCCCUUAGGGAAACCUUUGGUCAAGUUGAGUGGGGUUGGGGGAGGCGCAGGUGUCUGUCCACAUGUACCAGCUCGCAAGGCCACAUCUGUCCGACAG